GAUGUACGGGCCCUCGCUUGCGCCGGUGCAGCGGAGCAUACGGAGAGACCAAAACACAACACCAAAGGAAUUGAACGAUCAACACAAAGUUAUCAGUCAUUUGACGCGUCAUUGCUGUUGUUGAAGCUGUGCUCAUCCAGAUGGCACCCUCAAUAUCCAUCCCAAACUCACACCUCAUCCCUCACUCAGCCGCAACCCGACGUCUUCUCGGCCGCGUAAGUAAAGAUGCACUAAUUGAUCUUAUAACCUCCUGGCUCUCCGCCCCAAACCUCCAUCCCCGACACGUCGACCCAGAAGACGACCAAGAAACCCUCCUCAGUCCCGAAGACGCCAAAGACUGGUACGAAUGCUGCCGAACCGGGAACGGCGGUAAACGCGCAGCGAUCAAUAGAGUGAUCGAGGUCGAUUGGAGUGAAGGGUUGAGUUGCCUGCAGAUUGCGGAGGUGGAUAUGAGGUACACGAUCGAUACCCCAACCUCACAGACCUACACCGCUGCACGCCUACACUAUCCACCAAACACACCCCUCCCACCCCUCCACUCACCAUCCCUCGCAUACGGGCUCUCACAAUCCCUGUCGCCAUUCUUCAAACACCAUAUUUAUUCAGUGCAGCAUCCAACUCUACCCCUCCACCUCCUCCGCCUCCAAAUCCACGACCCACCAACACCGCAGACCCUUGCCCUUCUCCCACCACCCAAGAAGAUCCUAUACAUCGCGCACUGUGAGGGGUCGAACCAUGUCUUCCAUACCGGAAUCGGUGGUGCAUACUACGACAUCCUACGACAAUGUGUAGGGGAAGUCUUCGGUAACUUUGGGAACGGGAGGAAGGGGAUGAGGGUAGAGGUCAGGGGUACGGAGCUCGUCACGAGGAGCUUGGAGACGAUGGCGGAGUUGAGGGGUGGUGGACGGGGUGCGGGAACGGCGGGCGGUGCGUGGGGAGUAUAUGCGAAGGACGAAGUUGACGAUAGUCCGCUACAAGCCAUUCCUACACCGGCGAAGGAGGACGUGGCAGAUGGGGAGGAGGACAGGGAGAUAAGGAAGAGACGGAAGAUUGCGGAAGCGAGGUUUGGGGUUGACAGACCGCCCGUACUGGAACGUGUUGAUUUUAGGCUCGAGGAGACGUUUUUGACGGGGGAUGCUUGUGAGGAUAUCGCUUUCGUGCCGAAGCUCCAGGUCCGGUUCGAGGGUUCGAAUGUCUUCGAAGGAUUGAAGGAGCUUGUGAUUAAGGGUGUGAUUGACGGGGUCAAGAUGCCGGGAUGGAUGACGGGUGAAGAGGGGGUCACGACGGGUGUAGUAAAGAACGGGAGAGUAGUGAAACGAAGCUUAGAUUGAUUGAAUAGUGGUAAGGGGAUAAGUGAUAUGGU